AUGGUCAAACUCUCUACUCUGGUCGCCUUUGUAGGCCUUGUCCUCUCGCCCACCGCCGUCUCAGCCCACCCUGGCGAGCAUCCUUUCUCGCCAGAGAAGCGGCAGGAGACGCUCAAGAAGCAGGCAUUCAGCCACAUGGUCGCCCACAACAGCAAGAGAACGCUCGAUGCUGCGUGCGGUGGCCGUGCCGAAGAUGUGGCUGCCCGUCAGCAGCGUGCCAUGGAGCGCCGUUAUGCCAAAUUCCAGGAGCUGCGCAAGCAGCACAAUCUUGACCAUUGUAUGUUACCAUUUCCAUACUCUCCGCCACCUGCGUCAAUGGAACAGGACACUGACUCCACUCCCCCAUUCACAGUGAACACGGUCGAGCGCCGUGCCAAUGCCGACUUUGCACGCUACAACGCCGCGUCCCACAACCUCACGGGCCUCCGCCACUGGGACAGCGACACGCCGUCCCACACCGUCUUUGGCGCCAACACAAGCUGCGUCCUGACGCCCGACAACAUUGAGGGCCCGUAUUUUGUGUGGGGCGAGGACGUGCGGUCGGACCUGACCGACGGCCAGCCCGGCAUCCCGAUGCACCUCGAGCUGCAGCUCAUCGACGUGGAGACCUGCCUGCCCGCGCAGGCGGUCUUGGUCGACGUCUGGGCCUGCAACGCCACGGGCGCCUACUCGGGCGUGUCCGCCGCCGGCCAGGGCGGCCUCAACACGACGUUUUUGCGCGGCGUCCAGAUGAGCAAUGCCGACGGCGUCGUCGCCUUUGACACCAACUUCCCCGGCCACUACCUGGGCCGGGCCACGCACCAGCACGUGGUCGCCCACAUCGGCGCCGCGCUGGCCGCGACGAACCAGUCGUACACGGGCGGCACCGUCGCGCACAUUUCGCAGCUCUUUUUCGACCAGGCCCUGAUCCACCAGGUCGAGCAGACGUCGCCGUACAAUGCCAACCCCGUGCCCCUGACCACCAAUGCCCAGGACCUGUUCACCGGCUUCCCGGCCUCGCCGACCUACGAUCCCUUUGUCGAGUAUGUCUUUGUGGGCGACAACGCCGACCCGGCCUACGGCCUCUUGGCCUGGGUCGAGCUGGGCAUCAACACGUCGCUCAACUACGACGCGUAUGCCGCGCCGGCCGCGUUCCGGUACGAGGGAGGCAGUGUCGACAAUGCCAAUUUCUUCGAGGAGCAGAUUGUGGGCGCCUUUCCGCCGCCGACGCACGGCUGA